AUGUCUUACAUUGAAUCUGGCAAGCAAGAGGGUGCAACUUUGUUAUUGGGUGGUGAACGACAUGGUGAUGAAGGAUAUUUCGUCUGUCCAACUGUUUUCACUGACGUGAACGAAAAUAUGAAGAUCAUGCAAGAAGAAAUAUUUGGGCCAGUUGUUGCCAUUGCAAAAUUCAAAACCGUUGAAGAAGUAAUUGAAAAGGCACACCUGACAAAUUACGGCUUGGCUGCAGCUGUUUUCACUAAAAAUUUAUCUCGAGCAAUAAAAAUUUCAAAUACGUUGAGAGCUGGCACGGUGUGGGUUAACUGUUAUAAUGUGAUUAAUGCCAAUACUCCAUUUGGAGGUUACAAAGAAUCUGGAUUUGGCCGUGAGCUCGGAAAAUACGCGUUAGAAUUAUAUACUCAAGUGAAAACAGUUCAAAUUAAUCUUGAAUCCUAA